GGAGCUCAGUCGGGGUUUGGUGGAUACAGGGAAACGAUACGGCGUACAGUACGCUGAUCGAGUUAUCCAAUAGAUGUGGAGUUGUUGUUAUUGCUGUGUUUAUUUUCGUUGUCUUAUGCUUUAGUCCAUAUAAAGCUCUGUAAGAUGGAAAAUUCUGCAUAUGUACCAAAUCAUCUUCCACCACCUGCUCUUGUCGUCUUCUCUCAGGCUGGAGGGCUUCCAGAGGCUCUGAGAAUGCAGAGGCCCUUUAAUCCCCAGGUCCCAGAAGCAAAAGACCUGCACGUCCCUUUUGGCAGUGCUACUGUUGCCGGUUUUGGCCUGCGGCACGUUGAUAGCUACCCAGGGCUGCCAGCUCACUUGCUUCAUCACCUGCAACCACAGUUUGUGCACCCAGCCCUGGAUCCCAGGCUUCCAUUUGGCUCUGCAGGAGCUGGUGCCUUCCGUCCUUUGGGGCGAGGGCACCCAGGUGCUGGUGAUAUGGAGACUGGGGGGCUGUCUGCUUUUGCACCUCCAGCUCCUACACUGUCUAGUUCUGGUAACCGAAGUGAGGGCCUGGCGGGCUCUGUCUCACCCAACAGUACACCGCCUCUGCAGCCCCGUGUAAAGGAGGAGGGUUCGGACACACCACUGUCAGAAGACAGAGACCGUGAUGGCACACUCACUCCUGGAUCCUUAUCGGAAGGCAAUGUUGCAGACCGGCUUACACCAGAGGAGGGACGUGGCUAUAGACAUGGGGCCGGGGCCGGCUGGGACGGCAGGCCCGCGAGGCUGCUGCUGCCGCCCACCAUGGGCAUGAAGAUGUGGCACUGGCAAUUACCCCUCGGCCUACCGCCAUAUCCUAUCUUUCCGCGCACAUGGAAGAAGAAGCUGCAGGCGGAGGCGUCGUGCUGCCCGGUGUGCGGCGUGACGCUGCGCGCGGGCGAGCUGGAAGCGCACUACGCGCACGAGCUGCAGCGCCUCUACAAGCUGGGCGGCGCGCGCGCCAGGCGGCCGCCCCCGCCUCCCCCGCCGGGGCCCGCCGCCGCAGCCGCCGCCGCCGCCGCCGCCUCUGCCUCCGCCGACGGCACGCACGAGGGUCGCUGGGAGACUUACCAGCGGAUCAAGGCGAACCGACAGAGCAGGCUGCGCUUGAAGAACCGCAAGCGCAAGGCGGACGAGGCGACGUGCCCCGUGUGCAGCGAGCGUCUUUCAGGAAGCCCCGACGAGCUCAACGCGCACGUAGACGCCUGCCUGCGCAAGCACGGCGACGGCGACGGCGAUUCGGACGAGCCGGUGGACGUGGAGGGCGGCGUCUUCACGGAGUACGAGUGGGCGGGGCAGCGGCGCGUGCGCGCGUCCGCGCUGCUCGUGGGCGGCUACGCGGCGGCCGGGCUGGCGACGGCCGCGACCACGGCCGACGACGCCGACCACGGGGACCUGGUCGUCGACGGCGACGACUCCGCCACGCUGGGGCCCGCGCAGUACUCGGAGGCCGACGUGCUGCUACCCGCCGCCGCGGCGCGCGAGCGGCGCGCGCUGCGACACGCCCUGCUCAGUGGCGAUAGCAGCAGUCCGGCAGCGGAGGCGACCGACAUCAAGGAGGAGCCGGACGGCGACGGCGACGGCGAGGCCGACCGCGACCAGCUGGUCGAGGCGCUCAAGGCGCGCAUCCGACAGCUCGAGGCGGACGCCUCCAGCGCCGACAAGUUCAAAUGCCUCAUCUGCAUGGAACGUUACAAGAAACCUGUCAUAUCCAUAUGCUGCUGGCAUGUUCAUUGCGAAGAAUGCUGGCUACGUACUCUGGGUGCAAAGAAGCUGUGUCCUCAGUGCAAUAUGAUAACAUCACCAUCGGACCUGCGGAGGAUUUACAUGUGAUCGCCCCUAGCUGAUACUCUGGCGACCGCCAUCCAUUUUGUUGAAGAAGUAACUCCAGUGGAAACACGUGCUACAUCUCUCUGAAGUGGAACAUCCCUUGGCUUUCUUCGGUUUGCGACAUAGCGUAUUUAUGAAACUACGGACUGAUGAUGGAUUUGUUGGUGCACUGCAGAGAGAUGAAGCUUUUAUUUGCGGAUAGCUGCAACUUCACAGCACAGUUGGAAGAUUUUUGUGUCAAUGCGUUCCUUGUACGAAGGUGAGUUGCAGCUACGGCUUGUGAGUUACGGCGUCAAGAAUGAAUACACCAAUCAAAGCGACGUUCUUUGACUGGCUUGCAAGAGACAUAGGCGGUAGUGCCGUCAAUCGUGAUAAGCUGCAAUUUACUUCAGUCGAUUUUGAAGUAACUGACAUUCGUAAGAUUUGACAAUGUGCGUGAAAGCUCAGUGUCGUACGUACAAUGGCUAACGAUUUAGGGAGGAAACGAGUGCAUCGUAAUUAUGCAGGACUGUUGUUAAACUCAAGAACAGAAGCGUCAUCUGUGUGAGCGUGUGGAUUCUCGCCGUUAACUGGAGGCGCACCUGGUCGAUUCCGGACGGGACAGAAGAUCCGAGUGGGCAAGUUGGAAAUUAAUGUGUGGGAGCUGUGCCAGCCCCUCAUGUAUUCGUAUUUGUCGAGACAGUUGGUCUGCUCUUUGUAAUGAGACGACGAGGUUCCGCAGAUCGUGGACCUCCUCCGGCUUUGUGAGGAUCUUAAAAAGUCUGAGCUCAACGAAUUAAAUAGCAAUACUGAUUCGCGACUCGCAUUUGACAAAUCACCACAGAAGCAUCCCACUAAGGCCGCGCGCGCAAAUUUCAUUUAUAAACCUCUCAUUAAUUUAACCACUGCAAAAUGUGUUUUGGCUUCAAUCGUCCUUCGUCUCAUAAAUGUUUGUGUGGCCAUCCUACUGACGUAGUGUACAUGCACAUUCCCAAAUAAUACUUACUGAAGCAGUGUAGCAUUACCCGAUCUUGUUGACGAAUAUGUAUGGCAGAUUCACCGUAUGUAUUUGUCAUAUUUUACGUUCUCUGUGUAUAUUAAGUCUGUGAGGCCCUUACUACAGUCUGACAGAAAUCGGUUUUAAUCAUGCAAAACACGUACCGGUAUUUUUAACGAAUUCACGAUUGGUAUAAUUGUUCUAGAAACUUUAAUUACCUCUCGUCAGUGACUGUUGUCGAAAGAUUAGCUGUCUGGCUGACUGCGCAUCCCAGCUACAUUUCUAAAAUAAAACUUAAUUUUUAUUAUAAAGUGAACUUUCUUACCAAAAUAAAACUAUACCAAUUAAUAAUGAGAAAAUAUUUACAACGUGACAACCGUCAGUUAUAGGUCCCAUACCCUAUCACUUGUGCAAAAUAUAUAGCUUACAGUAAACAUCUUGCCGAGCGCCCAUGUACAGUGUCGAAUAAUAUGCCAAAUAGCAACCCUGAUGAGGCUUUAAUAGCAGAGUACCAUCUCAAAGCAGACGGCUAUGGACCGAUUGUAUUAGAUAGAAUUCCGUCUAGAAAAUUACCCGAUAUGAAUCUUGUAACUCAGCCCCACUUCUGCUCACGUAGUCUGCUUUUAUUGUUACUGACAAAGUUGUUCCGAAACGUCCUUAAUUAUCAGUCUACGUGUGCUGGCUAUUGUGUAUCCGAAACGUCCAUGAAGAUAAAACUGUGUGGACCCAGAGAGCUGCUUUAUUGCUUAGCCGUACACUGCUGCUCCCUUCUGUGGCACCAGAGUUACUACACACAUUUUCCAGGGUAGUUCUUUGAUUCACAACUUGAAUAUUUCUCUUUAAAAAAUUGGUUUUUCGUAGUAAUAGUCCGUUGCAGACAGUCGGCUGUGGGAAUGUGUAAGUCGGAUCCUUCCAUCAGAAGCAGUUUGUCAAUUAAAAAGUAAAUUCCAAACAGUAACUGACGAAAACAGUUUUCAGUUGUUUCGACAGUUCUGGCCAAAUGUCGAUUUCAUCUGAUCGUUCUAAUAUCGUGUCAGAAUACCGUAUGAAAUUUACAUAGGAAAUUAAAUUCUAUUAACUUUAUCUGCACAGUAAUGGGGGAAACUUAACGUUGUGAAUUCUGUAUACACACAGAGCCUUUUAUUUAACACCUUGGUUCUACAUAUUAAUUACAGAAAUCUAUGUACCGUUUACGAAACCACCAGUUUGACGUUUAAGUGUUGCAGUUAUGUCAGAAAAUCGUGCCUGCUCUAAAAGUAAGUUGGCGAAGUGAGAAAAAAUUCAACUAACUGCGUUUAGUUGCUUCCUAUGCUGUCAGUAUGCUACCUCACUCGGUGAGAAAAAUACUUAAUUAAAUAAAGUCAGACUGCAGGAGCGUCAUGUCGAACUGAAAAAUGUAAACAUAAACAAACUGAAUUGUUCGUGUAGGGCUUCUUUGUGACUAAAUGACUAUAUGUUAGGAAUAGCCAGUAAAACGUUUUGCUUCCCAGAUACUAUGUCUUUUCAUUGUAUGAAGAGUACGUGUCUCAGUGUGCGAGAAAACAACUCGUGCAGAAUGUAGGGACAGUAAAAAUAACCUAGAGUCCCAAAGGUAACAGAAUUAAGAUUAACCUAAAUCUGUGUGAACUGGAGAUAAGACAAACCUAGUCUGCAGUGACCGCGGUUAGGGAGGAAUAUGUCGAUGGUAGCCAAUAAAAACCCCGCAACUCCAUCUGUUGGUGAAAACGUCGUAAUUCCAGUAACCAGUAACUCCAUAAUCAGAGAGAGAUUUGAAAGUGUGGUAAUUUCUCUAAUCUGUCAAUAACUAGGUUUCUACUAUACAGUUACAUAUGCAGCAACUUUCUGUAUCACUUUAUAUUAUUUUUAAGAAACCGUUUUUGCUUCUCCUGCAAAAUUUAAAAAAAAUGGAGCUACGAGGUUUUUGUUGCCUAUUAUCGAUAUGUACAUGUGUGUGCGAACGCAUAAUCCUGCCUAAGAUCAAUUAUACAUUUUUGUUACCUCAUCAAAGUAUUGAUGCAGAAUUUGAGUAGGGUGUCACCGAUAUUUAAAAGCGCAUAGAUAGGUAUGAUUCAAAAUCGAAAACUUUGAGAUUAGUAGAUGUGGAUUGCUCGUGCCUUCCUGCCCUUCUACCGUAAUACAUUCCGAAGGAGACACGUUGGAUUUGUCUGAAACCGCUUACAUGGAACGUUGCAGACCACAUGAGAACUAGCGUGGCUGAAUCAAACCGUAAUUAUGAGACUGACAGCGUGAGUUCUGUAUGUGCGACACGUCUGCAUGUCUCUCUUUUGGCCAGAAAACAUAAUGUAGUGUAACUAGAGGAAACAACUCCUAAUACGUAAAGGCGACUUCCAGUGGGAUUAGGGAACAAUGUCGAACGCAUAAAAGCAGGGAAAAGUUUUGAGAACAUCUGUGUUUAUGUUGCGUGACCUCUGUACUUAUAUAAAAUGCCAGCAGUUGCACUAAUAUAGCCAUCCACGAGUUUUGUUAAAGUAAAUUUGGUCCAUGUGUUUUUACCAGUGUCGAAGUACGGUUCUACAGGCCCGUCUGCUUAGAAGUACCCGGCAGGCAUUCAGUUGGCGGAAGACUUUCUUGGAGAGGUUAACAAUACUCUCUGUGACUCUGGCAGGGACCACGACCAUUUUACGUACAUUACGGAGCACCGCAUGUUUAUCUGUAACCUGGGUGUGCUGUUUGUGUAAUAGAAUGCAUGUUCACGUGUUAAAUUAUAUGAGAAUUUUCAUUACAUUAGUUACAUUUUGUUUUCUGGGUGUAACUGGCAAUGGCAUGGCAGAAACUGUAAAGCUUUGGCAAUUUCCACUCAGUACUACAGCUAACCAGCUCUCUAUAUACCGUGCAACUUCCCUUUGUUGGCUGUAGUGUAGAUUGUUGUACUCCCCAUUCGGAGAAGAAGAAACUGAAAACAGUUCUUUUUAGUAGUAACCCAGUCCUACCGUCCUCCCUCAACUGAACAUCAGCGACGUGGAUUUUAAAUUCUGACACUUAGGAAUGAAAUGCUUGUGUUGCAGUUCAUUAUACGUAUUUCGUGAUGAAGCAAACAUUAUUAAAAAAGGUUUGACAUAUUUUAUGUGGCGCUAACGUUUUUUGUAUCUAAGUACGAGUAGCAGUACCUUUCCAAGAAUUGUUUCUACGGGUUAAAAGGCAAGAUUUAAUUGGAAUCGUCUGUGAAAUUUUAUGUAAAACGUGAUUAUUGUUAAAUAACGCGAACAUCUGCGAAUAAAUAUACUGUAUAUGGCCCCACCAGAAAGGCAUUUUUCGUCAUAUAUGUUGUUAUGGUAAGAUUUCACGUUAAUACAGAGAUUUAUGAAUUUUUCCCGUUGUUUAUAUGGCCAUUGGACACCUUACUGACGUAAUAUUCAUGUGUGCCUGUUUACUAGUCCAUGUAAUGUUGUGGUUGAGAUGCCUCCUGUUACAGCAUUAAACUGUAGUUUCCUUUCUGUUUUACAAGACAGCUUUAAUCAAAUAUGUGCAUAAUAUUACUCAACAAACUCACGUUUACAAGUCUGAACCUUACAGUUGUAUAUUCUUUCACUUACUUUUACACAACAGUCAUGUUGCAUUGUCUCAGUAGAAUCUUUUUGUGAUUCACAUAUUUGUUUAAGUUCGUGCCACGAGGAUAAAAUGUCUAUGUUCUCAAUUCAAAAUAAUUUACUGUUUAUGCAAUUAGAUUUAAUUAUCUCUGUCAUUUUCAUCUCAAGGACUUAACUCCAACCCAAUGUUGGAGAAAAUUUAAAAUUGAACAGAAAUCAGUAUUUACCGAUAAUGAAUUAUUAUGGUAUAAUGUAUUUGAAUACCUUACAGCCAAGUGCCCAUUUCUUCAAUUUAUAUCUGUCAUAACUGUCAAUACCUAAAAAUAUAUGUGUGAAGUUCUACUAAUGUCACAAUCCGAAUUUCAGUUUGGCACAACCUUUUCUCAUUGCAAAGUUGGUUCUGUAUCUUGAUAAUUAAUUCCUAAAUACCAUAAAUCACACAGAGUGGUAUAAUGGUGUAUUUAAUUCGUAUUGCAAAUAUAUAAAUGUAUACAUACAGUCAACGCUACAUGUUCGGUAUCAUAUGCAUUUUGCCCUAACGCCAAAACGGCAGAUUAAGCUUACAUAUGUGUUGUGUCUUUAAAGCUAUUAUGACUAAAUGCAGUAGCAAAUUGUUUCCAGACCUGUAAUAGAAUAAAUAUUUGAAAUAUUAAAGCAGUUUUAUCUCUU